GUCUCCCACAUAUAUGGUAUAUGGUAGUGUUCAACUUUUUAUCUUCCUCUACAAUUGCAGAUCUCUACUAGGGUUCCUUGAUUCACCUGCUUAGCCAUGGCUAUGCAAACUGGAAUCGGUCUUUCCAAGAUCAUUGUCCUAGCCGGUGCAGGAUACACCGGUACUGUUCUGUUUCAAAACGGUAAAUUAUCAGACGUGAUAGGUGAACUUCAGUCCCUGGUGAAAGGUUGGGAAAAAUCUAAGGAGCAUUCAGAUGGUGAUUCUGAUUAUACUGAUGCCAUUGCCCAACAGGUAAAGCGAUUGGCUAUGGAGGUUCGGCAACUUGCCUCAGCACGGCAAAUAACUGUUCUGAAUGGGAAUUCUGGUCAAAUUGGUAAUGUAACUGGUCUCAUAGUUCCAGCUGCUGCAGUGGGGGCAGUAGGUUAUGGUUACAUGUGGUGGAAGGGGCUAAAAUUUUCAGAUCUUAUGUAUGUGACAAAGCGCAGUAUGGCAAAUGCUGUUUCCAACCUCACAAAACAUUUGGAGCAAGUAACUGAGGCUCUAUCUGCUGCAAAGAAGCAUUUGACUCAGCGAAUACAACAUUUAGAUGAUAAAAUGGAGAGUCAAAAGGAGCUCUCUAGGGAAAUUCAAAUUAAGGUUGAUGAGGCUUCUACCCAUAUAGAAAACAUUGGCUCAGACUUGUGGCAGUUACAGCGACUGGUUUCUGGUUUGGAUGACAAGAUAUGUUCACUGGAGGAGAAGCAGGAUCUUGCAAAUGAGGGAGUUAUGUUCCUGUGCAAUUAUGUUGGUGGCCAAAAAAUGAAAAUGCCUAAAGCUCUUGAGGAUCAGCUUAAACAUUCUGGAAAAACUCGUUUGCUCCCAAAUACAUUGGGCUUUAAGGAGCUUGCAGAUUUUUCUCGAACGAUCAGUGAACCAGAUGGAAAUGAUAAGUUGGAAGAUACACUGCAAACCCCACGUAUUGACCUGCAAAGACCCUUACUUAGGUUUAAUUCAGCCAAGUGUUAAGCAGCAGCAUUUUGAGCGAGAUGGCCUCUACCCGUGUCCGUACAACAUGCUCGUUGGGUAAAUUUUCUAGCAUUUAGGUACAAAAUAAAAGCGAAGUCUCGAGCGCAUGGAAUGAUUUAACCAUGGAAAAAAAAAUAUUAGUAUUAAUUUUAAGGCAGUUUUUGGAUAAUUUGUAGUUAUAUCAGUUUUUUAAUUUCAAUGAAAUCAUCUAAUUUGUAACGUGAGACUUGGACGAGUUGUAGAUAUGAAUGAAGAUAUAGUUUUAAUUUUUUUUUUUAAUUCCUUUAUAAAUAAGGGUCUCUAUAUCUAUA